GAGAGAGAGAGAGGGACUCCGUUAUUCCGUAGAACAGUACCCCUUUUGUUUUCUCGGUUUCCAACCAUUCCCCGCAGGAACCACCACUAUUACAAAGGAAGAUAAGGAGAAAAACAGACCUCUCUCUCUCUCUCUCUCUCUCUCUCUCUGUGUGGAAAGGUCUCUGAUGCCUUUCUGCAAUCAUAAAUACAGAACUUCUCCUUUUCACUAACUUUUCCUUCAAACCUUCAUCCCAAAAAACUCUCUGCUUCCUUUCUCUUUUCCUGCAUUUUUCUAUCUGACUAGGAGCCUCUGCUAUUUUUUUAACCUCUAUCUAUAUUUUGCUCUUCCAUCAAACCUAGUAGGAUCCUACUAAAAAGCCUAUCUUACCCCCCCUCCUCCCCCCUCUUCCUCUUCCUCUCUCUCUCUCUGAAUAUAUAUAUGCCAAUGCAAAUCAUGAGGUACUCAUGAUAUAAUCACAACUGAUAACCUUCCAAGUUUCAGCCCAUAAUUUCUUGUUCUCUAUUUUUCUUUCUUCAUUUGCUCACACUGAAGCCUCUCCUUUUCUUGUUUUCUCAAUUUGAGAACUCGGGGGGUGUUUGAGUAGAAGCCAGAUCUCCAUCAUGUUCCUCAGCUCAAACCCUAUAAUGAUACCUCCAUCAACCUUUCCUGACCUUUCCUUACAGAUCAGCCCACCUUCGGUUUCGGAUUUUGAAACUAAGGAGCUUCAGAGCUGUGAUGGAUUUACAAGAAAACCACUCUUCAGCAAUAGGAGCCAAACCACCGAAUCUGGAAGCAGCGGAAGCGAUUUAAGCCAUGAAAAUGGCUUCCACCACCCAGAGAGGACUUAUAAUCUUGGUCUUAGUGAUCAGCCCACGUUAAGCUUAGGGUUUGAAAUGGCAGAUUUAAGUGUACAACAACCGAGAAACCAUCCUCACCACCACCACGAUCAUCAGCCACAAAUCUACGGCCGGGAGUUCAAAAGAAGUGCAAGGUUUAUUAGUGGAGUGAAAAGAAGCGUCAGAGCUCCCAGAAUGAGAUGGACUACGACCCUCCAUGCCCAUUUCGUUCACGCAGUUGAACUUCUCGGUGGCCAUGAAAGAGCAACGCCGAAGUCUGUCUUAGAGUUGAUGAAUGUGAAGGAUCUAACCCUAGCUCACGUGAAGAGUCACUUGCAGAUGUAUAGAACAGUGAAGAGCACUGACAAAGGAUCAGGUCAGGGGCAGACAGAUAUUGGUCCGAACCAAAGGCCAAGGGUGGUUGAUGUGGAAGCAGGUGCAUCACCGUAUGAGAAAGUUAACCCACUCACCACUACACCACAGAAAUGCCAAAGAAUGGAGAGAAGCAGUAGGAGCAGAUCAAAUGAUGAAUCUGCUUUGACAUAUUCUCAUAUCAAGGCAAACGAUACCAAUGAGGACGGACACAAAGCAGCCCCCCAUGUUUCUGGUAGCUCCAAUCCACCAUCGAAUCCGCUGCUUAAUCUGGAGUUCACCCUUGGAAGGCCAAAUUGGCAAAUGGACUAUCUUGAAGUACCUUCAAAUGAGUUAACCCUUCUCAAAUGUUAAACAAACUAUGAGACAUUUUAUGUAAUGUUCUUUCGUCUUCGUUAAUAUGGGGGAAAUAUCUAAUCUGCAUGUUUUAGUUCCAUAUUAUUUGAACGGU